AUGAGCAACAAACGAUAUGCCUUCAUCCCUAUGGAUGAAGGUGAAGUGGGUCCCCAGAAAGUCGAGAAGAAAUCCAAACAUAGGCGUCGCGACGAAAAUGGAAAAUCUAGUUCUCAUCGUGAUUCGCAUCACAAGUCGCAUCGUACCCAGAGUCGGAGUCAUAGCCGCAGUCGUUCGCCACGUCGCGAUUCACAUAGACCGAAAACGAAAUCCAUCCGAAAACACGCGGAGGAUGACUUUGAUAAUAGGUGGGGUGAUGAAGAGCCAGGGAGUGAGCUUGAACCUUCAGACGACGGACGUGACGAAGAGCCCGAGUUCAAAGAAUCCGCUCCCAAACGCGUCAAGUUAAGUCCUAAUCAACGAGAGGGAGAGGAUGACGGUGCCGAUUCCGAUACUGCGCGCGACAUUGCCGAGCGAGAAGCCUUCUCCAUUCGUCUCAAGGAGCGAGAUGGGGGCAAAUCAAAGAGCGAAGGCAGGGCCGAAAGGGAAAGGCAGCGUCUAGCCGAAGAACUUUCUGCAAGCAGGGCUGCUAUGCCAGAUUUACGGGAGCGCUCGAGACAGGAUUAUCUAAAGAAGAGGGAGGCAGAAAGAUUAGCACUAUUACGGAAACAAGUCGCAGAGGAGACGGCAGAAUUAAAUAGUGGUGUACGGUUAUCUGAGCGAGAAAAAGCCGAGUUCGCGAAAAACCGAGAAAUUUUACGAUUAGCCGAAGAGCGAUUGCGGAUUGAUGACCACCGUGACGGCUAUUAUAUGCCUGAAGAUUAUAUCACGGAGAAGGGCAAGAUAGACAGGAAGCGGAAAGAGGAGGCGCUAUAUAAACGAUACGUCGAAAGAGAUGAAUACGGCCAGGAGAAGUUUGUUACCGAACACGAGGAGUGGGAAAGGGAGCAGACACAAAAGGCAAAGGCUCAGAUUAACAGGGCGGAAAGAGAGUACGAAGGAGAUUAUGCUCCUGUUCUUGAUCCCGAGCAGUACAUACAAUGGAAUAUGGGCUCGACAUUAGCUGGGGAGGGAAAGACAUUAACCAAAGAACAGAGGUUUUUGGAAGCGCAAAUUGAGGCUGCAGAGAAGAAAGCAUUAUCGAUCGAAGAAACUCGAAAGAGCUUGCCAAUAUACAAGUACCGAGACGAAUUCAUCGCUGCUCUCGAACAACCAGAUCUUAGUUCUUGUUGGUGA